AUGUCUGACCACGAAGACUCCAGCUCCAUCCCCCGGUCUGGGUAUGACACUCCGGUCCCGGAACUCGACGAUCACCGCCACCAGUCAGUCUCGACCAGGGUUGAGCGUCCCCGUCGCGGUACCUUUGACAGUCUCUAUGGUGCUCGUCAACUUGAGCCUGAGCCUUCUUCCCCUCCUGCUAUCCGAGUUCGCGACUUUGAGGAAGCUAUUAUCGAUGAGGAAACCGGUGAUGCGUCUCCGACCGCGCGCCGUAGUCGCCGUCCUACCGUCGACUCGACAGACCGUUCAAUCUCGCCUCCCAACUCGGUCAAGGCGUUCGCUCAGGCUCGUCGCCGAGAGCGGGACAUGUCGUUCUCGGAGCCUAACAAGCCUGACAUGGAGGAUGUCGCCAGCCGGGCCAUGUCCGUCUCCAGCAAGCGUAGCCACCGAAGCAAGCCCCAUACCGUCAUUGAUAAUGAUGCCGCCAGCUUUUCAACCAACAAGACCGCCGAGGAAGACGUUUGCUUCCCGGUCAAAGAGAGCUACCACAAGGACCACUUGUACAUUGAUUUCGACUAUCUUGAGAACUUCAUCAAUGAGCAGGCUGCUGAACGUGCGGCGGAGCGAGCGGCAGAGCGUAAUGCAGCGGCUGCCGCUGCUGCUGCCAAAAAGAGCUUCGAGGAUAUGCGAGCUCAGCAGAAUGAAUCGCGUCUGCAACGAAUGGUGACUGUUGAUGGUGAUAUCCUGGAGCCUGUCUCAGACGAUUCUAUGACUCGUGAAAAGACAAACCAAACUGUCGGGUCCCAUAAUGAGGAUGCGGUCGCUGAAAAGCAACCCGUCCCUAUUGAUCCCAACCGGUUCAGCUUCUUCUCUUCGGCAUGGGAGUCAACCAUCCACGCUGCGGAUUUCGGCGAUCUUGUGCUUCCAGGUGAAGAUCUCCGUGGGCUUUUUGAGCUGCCUGAUGAGGAAGAAGACGGUGUUUGGUGGCUGAACGUCAACGCGGCCACCAAGGAAGAAGUGCAAAGCAUCUGCAAGUCUUUCGGUAUUCACCCUCUCACGAUUGAAGAUAUCAUUACUCAGGAAGCUCGCGAGAAGAUUGAGCUCUUCCCGUCGUACUACUUUGCCUGUUUCAGAUCCUUCUCCGUUGUCGAAGAAGAUGACGGCAUCGAGUACGAGCCCUUCAACACAUAUGUCAUUGUGUUCAGGGAGGGCACCCUCAGCUUCAGUUUUGAGCCCAACUCCCACGCAGCUCAAGUUCGCAGGCGAAUCACUGCUUUGAAAGACUACGUCUCUCUUAGCAGUGACUGGAUCUGCUAUGCUCUAAUUGACGAUAUCGUCGAUUCCUUUGGCCCUGUCAUUCGCCAACUUGAACUUGAAGCGGACGCUAUCGAGGAUGAAGUGUUCGUAAUGCGUGAAGAUGACUCCAAUUCAUUCCUUCGUCGUAUUGGUCGGAUCCGCAGGAACUGUCUGGCUCUUUAUCGCCUUCUCGGUGGCAAGGCCGAUGUUCUCCGCGGUUUCACCAAGCGAUGCAACGAGAACUACAAGGUCACCCCACGCAUGGACAUUGGCAUGUACUUGGGUGACAUCCAGGAUCACGUUGUGACAAUGGCGACCAAUCUGGGCCACUUCGAAAAGAUUCUGUCUCGGGCGCACAGCAACUACCUCGCGACAGUAUCCAUUAAGAGUAUCGAGCAGGGAACGCACACCAACGAAGUGCUUAGCAAGAUCACCAUGUUGGCCUCGGUCCUUGUUCCCCUUAACUUGGUCAGCGGUGUGUUCGGAAUGAACGUGCCAGUUCCGUUCGCAACUGUUGCCGCGACCAACUUGGCACCCUUCUUUAGCAUCAUUGGAUUCAUGAUCUUCAUGUGUUGCGUAUUUAUGGCAUUAGCACGCUGGAAGCGCUACAUCUAG